UUAGAUCAGGUCAUAAAUGCAUCGGGCUCGAUUAGAUCUAUCGGUGCAGGCUUGGAAUUGAUACCCCUACUUUGACACCCCUACGUUAGGGAGAUAAAACACCUAAAUUGUGAGUGUCGUAGAGGAUUUAUAGAUAAAAACAGAGAGCAUGCAGGUUAACAAAAAAAAUAAAGAAAGGCCAGAGAAGAUCUGAACGACUCCUUUUACUCGAUCUCUAAUCUUUCGAAAAAGGAUUGAAUGGAGAUUGGAGAAAGAGAAAGAAAGAAUAAAUUCGUUGACACGUUCUCCAGAGAUGGUUCAUCCUCAUCCGUUGAGGGUUGAUUCUUUGAACGAAAAGGGUUUGUUCGUGUUCUUCCCCGAUUAUAACUUCAUUCACGUCGAACGAUUUCAGGGAGAGAGACUAAACCCUAAACACUCAAGGCCGAAUGAAUUUAGUAUUCGUUCCCCAACUUGAGGGCCGAUUUGAGAGAGAGAGAGACAACAGAGGUUCGGUUUUAGUUAAAUGGAGGAGAGGAGCUUCAUUCACGCUCUAAUAAAACUUUGAUUUCAGAUAAUGGCGAGAGUUUUUUAGCAGGAGGAGAAUGAGGAUUUUCAGGUUUCAAAAUAAGGUAAAGGAUCUGAAGAAGAAGGGACAUAUGGAUCGAGUUAUAUGAGAUCCAGAUCCAUUUUGGAGGGAUGUCUUCUAUCUCUGAAUCUGAGCCAUCUACCUCAACAGCGCCACAUGUCAUGCUUUAAAGGUAGAAAAGCAAAGAAUUGCAAGAUGGAAGAAAAGCAAAGAAUUGCAAGAUGGGAGAAUAACAGAGGAUCUCGGUCCCAAGUCCUGGGCUUAGGUCUCGAUUUCGAGUCUUUCCAGUAACCACCGUAUCAACCCCCAACCCUGGGCACAGUCCUAUCCUCCUCUUGGACGACAAACCGUUGAAGUGGUCUUCGAACAAACGGUGGCUUUUGAGGACUAGCGAUUCAGCUGUAGAUUGUCAAUUUAGUGCCGAGGACGUCUGAGAUCAGAUACAUCUGAACAUCCAAGGUCUGUUCAGAGUACAUUGCUAGGAUGGAUGCAUCUAGUGCGUUGGAUUAUAUCUUCCAUUCUUCUUAAAGAGAAUGAUUCUCUUCUGAAUUCCAUUUUGGAGAAUUAUAUUGGCACAAGGUUUUUUCGGUGAUAUAUGUAGAUGAAGCACAUACCUUCGGAACUGAUCUCUAGGACAGCAGAAACUGUAGAAAUAAUUUCUGCGCACCUCCAGAAAUGCACAUCUAUGAGGUCAUUGAAGCAGGUCCAUGCUCCCAUAAUCACUAGUGGGCUCCACCGUGAAAAUUAUUUCUCUGUCAAGCUUAUAUCUUUGUGCACUAAAGUAAUGGGGGAUAUCAAUUAUGCACGCAGGAUUUUUGAUUGUUUCUUGGGCACAGCAAAUGUGUUUCUGUGGACUGCCAUGAUUGCUGCUUAUGCAGGGCAGCAGUCUCAGGACACAGUUGAAGCUAUUCUUAUUUACAAGAAGAUGCAAAGGCACAUGGUCAGACCCAACAGUUUUACCCUUUCAUCCGUCCUAAAAGUGUGUUCCUUUCUUUUGGCUAUUCAAGUAGGCAGCCAAAUCCAUGGUCAUUCCAUUAAACUGGGUCUGAACUCUGACCCCUAUGUGCAGACAACACAGAUGGACAUGUAUGGUAAGUUUGGUUGCAUUAAGUCAGCAACGUAUCUAUUUGAAACAAUACGUGAGAGAAAUAUUGUGGUAUGCAAUGCUAUGAUCUUGUGCUAUGCCAAGGCUGGAUAUGUUGAAGCUGCCCAAAAAAUCUUCGACAAGAUGGACAAAAGGGAUUGUAUUUCAUGGACUGCCAUGAUCUCUGGUUACAGUAACCAUGGAAAUAUGCUAGCUGCACAGGAGCUUUUUGAUUUGAUGCCUGAGAGAGAUGUAUCUUCUUGGAAUGCAUUGAUCAUGGGUUAUUCUCAAAGUGGGGAUUGGCAUAGAGCUCUAGCACUCUUCAAUGAAAUGCAGCUGAAGAAUGUCAAACCUGAUCAAGUAACAAUUGCUGUCAUUAUUUCUGUCUGUGGACAUAUCGGGGCUUUAGAAACUGCAACACAAAUACAUGACUAUGUAAAGAACAAAGGUGGUGUCGUAUUGAAUGUCUAUGUAUUCAAUGCCUUCAUUGACAUGUAUGCCAAAUGUGGGAGAGUGGAUAAAGCCCAUCAAAUGUUUUGUGAGAUGCCCUUUAAGGACUUAGUGUCAUACAAUGCAAUGAUUGCAGGUUUUGCCAACCAUGGGCAUGCAGAAGAUGCCCUGAAACUUUUCUCACAGUUGGUGCUUCAUGGUUUGCAACCAGAUGCCGUGACAUUUGUGGGUGUUUUAACUGCAUGCAAUCAUGCUGGACUGUUAGAUGUAGGCUGCCAAUACUUCAGUUGCAUGACUCAAUACUACAGAAUAGAGCCAUCGGUUGAUCACUAUGCUUGCAUGGUUGACCUUCUAGGCCGUGCUGGACUUGUCCAAAAGGCUUAUGAGCUGAUAAAAGUGAUGAAAGUGGAACCUCACGCUGGGGUAUGGGGGGCUUUGCUAGCAGCAUGCAGGACUUGUUGCAAUGUUGAAAUUGGAAAAAUUGCUGCAACAGAACUUUUUAAGAUCGAGCCUGCAAAUCCUGGUAACUAUGUUUUGCUAUCUAGCAUUUACGCCAGAGCUAAUAUGUGGGGUGAUGUUGCUAAAGUCAGGAAUUGGAUGAGGAGACUGGGACUGGCCAAAACAGCUGGGUGCAGUUGGAUAGCGAUUGAUGGGGUAUUCUCUAAAUCUUAACAGGAGAUUCUACGCACCAGCAAUGUCAACAUAACAUGAAUUAUUGGGAAAUCUGUCUUUGCACUUGCUGUUUGACAGUGGAUCUGAUUUGGGUUCAUCUGAAUUGGAAUGAGGAAGCAUGAAGCAUUUUUGUUCAUCAAAACGAAAAAAUCUUGAUGCAUGGUUACAAUGAUGGAUUGGUGUUGUGUUUGAAAUGAUUGUUGGAGAUGCCAAAUGGUGGGGUAAGGCUUAGCCAAAUUUAAGAGCCACAAGUGCUGGUGUUAAAGAAUAGGGGGCAAUCAACUUCUUGGAGAAAAAAAUGAAUAAUGAUAGUGCAUUCUCUUGUGAAGACAGUACAGUUACUUCUUAUCAAGCCAUGGACUGCUCCAAGCUUUUGCUGGUUGAGUACUAUACUUCUGGGGGCGGUCUACUCAAUUCCAGAUUCUAGCCUCUUUGGACUUCCAGCCAUCAAACUCAAUGAAGUUGGUAAUUAUAUUAUGUGGGCUCAAGCUGUUAAGGUCUACAUUAAUGACGGGCAAGCUAAAGUAUCUUCUGACUGAUCCUCUUCCUGCUGAUUCUAAAGAUCCUUCUGCGAUUAAGGCCUAUGUGAACUGGAUGUGGGAGAAUGAUACCGUUCUUGUAUGGUUAUGGAACAACCCCAUCCAUUGCCGCCAAUUUUAUGUUUCAUCCCAAUGCCAAAGGAGUCUGGGAUAAUUUGAAGCGCACCUUCUCUCAAACGAAGAAUGUUUCUCGGGUCUAUGAUUUAUAUGAGAAACUGUUUACUUUCAAGCAGGAGACCGGUCAUUGCAUGACUACAUGAGUACAACAACAACAAAAAACUUAGCCUUAUCCCAACUUAAUGGGGUCGGCUACAUGGAUCCGUGCAAAACAUAAUAGGGAAAUCUAAGGUCAAAGCAAAAUAAGAGAAAUGAAAGUAGAAGGAAAGAGGCACAAGCCAGCAAAUCAAGAAAAUUUCAGCUAAAUGGAGUUGGCUACAUGGAUCAUUGCACUCCAAUCGGCUUUAUCUGAGGUCAUAUUUGGGACAAGCUUGCGCCCCUAGCUCUUUAGUUCUUUUAAUUGGAAUCAAAUCACUCCUCCUUAUUGGGGCGUCCCCAAGCCUCCACUGAACAUUACCAUACCACCUCCAACAACUUUCUCGUAGCUUGUCAUUGAUCGGGGCAACUGUCAAAUCAGCUCUAAUGCAUUGAUUCCUUACUUUAUCCUUUCUAGUUUUGCUGCACAUCUAUCUUAACAUCCUCAUCUCUACUACAGAUAGCUUCUUUAUAUGACACUGCCCAACAUUCUGCCCUAUACAUCAUAGCCGCUCAUACAACGAUCCUAUAAAAAUUUCCUUUCAGCUUUAAAGGAAUAUGUCGAUCACACAACAUUGCAGUCACAACUCUCCACUUCAUCCAUCCCAAAUAUCUAAAAGUCAUUUUGCGGUAUCUCUUUUCUCCUCAAUUUUCACCAUAUCAUUUUCCAUUAUAGUGUGACUAAAGUUCACCUCAUAUACUCCGUCUUCGAUCUACUUGUCUCAAAGCCUCUUGUUUGCAAGGUUGAUAUCCAUGCCUCUAACUUAGCGUUAAUCCCUACUUUUUUUUCUUCCACUAAAACGAUACCAUCGGUGAAGAGCAUACACCACGGGACUUCAUCUUGAAUGCUCUUAGUUAAAUCAUCCAUGAAAGCACAAACAAAAGGCUUAAGGCUGAUCCCUAAUGUAACCCAAUCGUAAUUGAGAAUUCAUUGCCUUGACCUCCCACAUAUCUCGCUGUAGUCACCAUGCCGUCAUCCAUAUUUUUAAUUACAUCCAUAUAUUUAUUGGAAACCCCUCUCUUCUUAAGAAUAUGCCGGAUUACAACUUCAGCGGGAAGAGUUCUAUGUUGCAAAUUUUAUGGCAGGGUUCAACCACGAUUACCAAUCAGUCAAGAGUCAGCUGCUUGCUGGGGACAAGGUCCCAUCCCUUUAUGAGUAUUUUCUGCUCCUUCAGUGUAUUACCACCACUUCCAAAUUAGAUUCUUCUCCCAAGCCAAAGAGAACUUUGCCUUUGUUGCUGGUCGUGGUCAAGGAUCUACCUCUUUGGGAGAGGACGUGGCUUAUGGGGUGGUCAUGGACUUACAGGUGGCCACUGGCCAGUAAAAUGAUCAACCCUUCAGGCAAUGUACCUUUUGUGGACAGCCCAAUCACACUAUUGAAAAUUGUUGGGUUAAACGUGGUCGUCCAAAGUGGAUUCCACCUUUGGCUAAUACCGUUGUGCUUGAUGGUAGUACUACAAAGGAGUUGCCCAACGACACUACUAUUGCAUCCUCAUCUGGAGGUUCCUCCUUAGGGUUUGUGUCUCGAGAUGGCUACAAUCACUUUUUGAAGCUUAUAUAGAAUCUCCGGACAUCCACUGGUUCCACUUCAUCCAUUGCCACUCUGGUCCGUGCAGGUUCCGUUUUCCUUACAUCCACUUCUUCUACUCUGUGGAUCAUUGAUUCAGGUGCAUGCACUCAUAUGAUUGGACCUCAAACAAGGAGGACGAUUUGUAGCGGGCUUGAGUAGCUCAGACUCUACUAUCUGCACGACACUGGUCUUUCUACUGCUGCUGCCACUACUACUGGUGUUUCCUCUUUACAAUGGCACUUUCCUUUAGGGCAUUUAUCCUUAUCCAAGCUUCAACACAUGGUUCCUAGCUACAAGGCAAAGAUGGGCACCAGAAAGAUUUUGAAGUUGCAAUGCAGAGGAUUCAUGAUAAGGACGCUGAUAUCACUUAACGCUGAUAUCACUUAGGAAGUAGCUGAAAUUUCGGUUCUUCAGCAAUAGCUGGAACAAUAGCAUAAGCUUGUUCAGGUCCAAGAACUUUGCUGAGUGCACUCUUGAUGAAUAUAUCUGGAGGAAGACCUCUUAUUAUGGGUUAUUCUACUGCUUUUUUAAUCAGCACUUGAGGUAUUGCUGAAGAAAGGUUGUGGAAUAUAAUGUGACUGGUGGGACUUACUCGUGAAGUAAUUUAAAUACUGUAUUUGGAAUCUAAUUUUUCCAGACCUUGUCUUAGUAGGUUAGUAUACCUUUUAGGAUGUCUUCAUGGGAGAACAUGCCUCCCUUUUAUCCUGGUGAUCCAAGAAUCACUUGCAGAAAGGUAUGAUGUAUUUGUUGGUUUGUUGGGUUUUUAUUUUUUAGACAAAAAGAAAUAAACGUAUUAUUAAAGAGAAAUACUGUUAUAUACAUAUAUAACAGAUAAUUCCUCGACAGCAGCUUUAUAAGCUAGCCUUUUCAAAAAUAAAGGUAUGAUGUAUUUGUCGAUCUGA